GCAGCUCUAAGCAGGACGGUGAUCUCUGUCUUAGCAAAGUACUACUACGCCAGGCCCUUACUUCUGCACUUAAGGUCGCAUUUAUUUCUGUGGGUAUUCAUAUGCCUGAGUUUAUCAGGUUACUUUUGGUUCUGUGAGAGAUCUGCUAUGGUAGAACAAAUGCUUUCUAAGUUUGCGUCAGACCUGGAUGUACAUAUGCAGAAAAGCAGAUAGAAGGGCAUGCUUCACCGUACAAAGUAUAACCGUUUUAGGAAUGAUUCAGUGACAUCAUUCGAUGAGCUUAUACACAACUUAUCAAUGAACGGCAAGGGCUCGACUGUUACAACAACAACGACAUCUGAUGCACCUUCGUACCCAACCUCAGCGGAGGUGCUUCGCAAGGACCAGGAAGAUGGACCCACCACACUCUGUACCUUCAUCCAAAAGAUGUCCCAUUUGAAAUUUGCUAACACAGGCAGCCUGUUGGGCAUCAAAAAUCUGUCCUCUGCAGUGAAAGACCUUGCAGCUUCUAAACUGCAAGGCACUCCUAGUUCAGUUACAGCAGCUGUAGAUACAUGUAACCCUGUCUCUACCACUCCAUGUUCCCAGCAGGACGUGAACAAGAUGAGCACAGACAAGAGGGCCAAGGUAGAAGACAUUCACCUGGGUGGAGAGGACUGGAAUCACAGUGGCAGUUUUGUCAAUAAACCCUCACGAGGGUGGCUGCACUCUAAUGAGAAGAUCCUGGGUCCUGGUGUGACGUACGUUGUAAAGUAUCUGGGCUGUAUAGAAGUGUUGCGGUCAAUGCGUUCCCUUGAUUUUAACACAAGGACACAGAUUACAAGAGAAGCUAUCAGUCGAGUGUGUGAAGCUGUACCAGGCACUAAAGGGGCUUUUCGAAAGAGAAAGCCACCAAGUAAAGCACUGUCUAGUGUACUUGGUAAGAGCAACCUGCAGUUUGCUGGAAUGAACAUCACUCUGAAUAUUUCAACCAGCAGCCUCAAUCUAAUGACGCCUGACACUAAACAGAUUAUAGCAAAUCAUCAUAUGCAGUCCAUUUCCUUCGCAUCUGGUGGUGACCCGGACACUACAGACUAUGUUGCAUAUGUGGCAAAGGACCCAGUGAAUCGCCGAGCAUGCCAUAUAUUGGAAUGCUGUGACGGGUUGGCUCAAGAUGUUAUCAGUACCAUAGGCCAAGCUUUUGAACUUCGAUUCAAGCAAUAUCUACAGUGCCCUACUAAGAUAUCUAGUAUUCAUAACAGAAUGCCAAACUUAGAAGAUUCACGUUGGGUUGGAGAAGAUGAAGAGAUAACAGAACAUCCUUACUACAACAGUAUUCCAGGGAAAAUCCCUCCUCCUGGCGGGUUUAUUGAUGUCCGACUUAGAGAAACUCAUCAGCUAGGGUUGAGUCAGAAUCUACCUGUACAUUCUGUUGAUGCUAACCAGCCAGUGUUAGCCAUAGGACAAGACCAAAGCUACUAUCAAGGGCCGCACCUGGGCGAGGACCACAGUGAAGACUGGAGACAUGCGCUCGGCAGUUAUGGGUCCUCCAGUGAUUUAUAUGUUCAGCCAGAGGUGAGACCUUCAUUAUCCAAAGGUGGAGAAGCUCCAACAUAUGUCAACACUCAACAUUUAGAUCUCCAGGCUCUAGCAACAUUGCAAGUAGACCCCAGCACCAGCACAGGAACCAGUGAAUCAGCAAACAAUAAUGAAAACAGUUCAAAAACAGAUGUCUUUGAUAUGAAACCCUUUGAAGAUGCCUUAAAGCAUCAGACAGGUGGGCAAUUUUCAAACAAAACUUCGUCUCUUCCAUGUGACAGCCCUCAUUUAUGUAAGACAACCACAGAUACAGUGAAGGAAUGUCUCAAGGAGGAACCAUGGUAUCAUGGGGAAAUGAGCAGAAAGGAUGCAGAGCAGCUCCUGACAACUGAUGGUGACUUUCUGGUUAGAAAAAGUACGACCAACCCUGGAUCCUAUGUAUUAACAGGCAUGCAUAAUGGCCAGGCUAAACAUCUUCUCCUGGUCGACCCUGAAGGAAUUGUUCGGACUAAAGAUCAUAUAUUUGAAAGCAUUAGCCACCUUAUCUGCCAUCACCGUGACAGCAAUUUGCCUAUAGUCUCAGCUGGAAGCGAACUGUGCCUGAAGCAAUCAGUUGAGAGAAAGCAAUGAUUGCCAGAGCUAGUCAUGUGAUUGUAAUAACUUGGUGGAAAUUCUUAUUCCCUGGUCUAUUAUUUAGUGGAAGCAAGGAGGAGAGAUCUCUGAAUUUUGAGAUAACUGUGUGAUUUAUGUGAAUUGAUAUUGUGUGGCUCAAAAGAAGCAGGAGUUUUACUUGAAUACUUAAUGCAAAAGGUUGGGUUGGAAAAAAGGGUUGUGAAGAUGUUUUAUGCUCUGUGUUUCAACUUGAAUCAUUAUAUUUCUAAGAGAUAUUGAAUCAUUUACUAUUGUAUAGAUGAAAUGCUGAUAUCUAGCACACAUGAUGCAGAAAUUAUAUUUUAUGAUUUUUUUCUUGGUGUCUUCACAUGGAACGUUUUACUACAGAAGCACAAUAUUUAAAACGUUUAAAGGAAGAUGUUUAACUGAAAUGACUUUAAUUGCAGCUACUAUUUUAAGGAACUAUAGUCUUUUAGAGAAAAAAAAAGUCAAAAUCUUCAAAUAGCUAUUUGGUGAUAAAACUGAAAUUGAUGGUGUAGCUUACUUUGUCUUUGAAGAUUGUAAAUGAAAUCUUACUAACAAUGUGUUCAUGUGAAUGUGUUUUAUGACUGUGUUGUUUUUAUCUGAAAAAUUAAGAACACAUGAGAACUGUAAUGACAGUGUCUGCCAUUGAUAUACGAUUAUUACACAGGAUUUUCACUUUGAAUGCUUUUCAUUUACUUGCAGACCAUUUUAACUCUUUUGAGUAUGAUGUGCUUUUGCAUACAGACAUAUAAUUGAUAUUGGUGUGAAUUGAACACAAUCUACAUUUUAAAUACAGCUGAUGAAAAAUGCCACCAUAUUAAACAUUUUAUUGAUGAGGUGGUUUAUCUGGCUUCUUGUGUGGUUGGAUGCAAAGAACUUGCUUAUUACUCAGAGAUUUAAAUCAACCAGAAUCUACCACAGUAUAAUUAAGUUAUUUAAAACAAUUCUUGAAUUUGUAUAAUUAUUUUAUUCUGUGAAUUGAAUGAAUGUUACAGUUUUUCUCAUGAUUGUAAAUUGUAGGUAACAGAGCAUUUUGAUGUAAUAAACAUGCCAAGCAAUUUUCAAGAUAUUUGCUUAGCAGCAAGUCAUAUUAGCUUAUUAAAAGCUUACAUAAAAUACGCACAAAGCCUGCAAUAGAUUAGUUCUUUAUUGAAAUCAAUUGGAAGGCUUAAAAUGUAAAAAAAAAAUGCUUAAAACUAGCGGUUGUUGUUGGUUGGGAUGGCUUUCCUCAUGAUAUUAUGGUACCAAAUCCAUGGCUACCAAUCAUUGUCACUUUGACAAGUCUAAUAGAAGUCAAGAAAUUAUUGACUAUUUUUUACUACUAUACUCAAUUUCAUUGAAAACUACCAUCAAGCUUAGCACAAAUGUGAAAUUAUUGCCCAGUUUCUGGCAAAUCAUACUGUUGUCUUCAUAUUUAACUUUUAAAAUGCUAGUGUUUUGCUAACAGCAUAGGGUUCAUCAUUAUUCAGUGAAGUGAAGGCCGAUGAAACAAUUUUAAAACUCACAAAACAGUUGCUGAAGAUAAGAGAAUUAAAUUUACAGGUUCUGCCAGGCAACACUGAAUCUUUAGCUCUGCUACAAAAAACGUGCCUUUUGAUCGGAUAGUAGUGCGUAUCUCAGAGGCUGCUGUUUUGAAUAUAAAUUAAUUGCAACAUUUUUUCAUAAACUAUGUUUACAUUUGUAUUUGUUGAUUAUUAAAAAAGAAUUGUAUGACUGUUGGCAAUAAAACAACAAUUAUGUGG